AUGAAGAUCCUUGUCGGAGUCAAGAGAGUGGUUGAUUAUGCCGUUAAGAUUCGCGUUAAGCCGGACCGAUCCGGAGUGUUCACUGAAGGUGUCCAACACAGUAUGAAUCCAUUCGACGAGAUUGCCCUCGAGGAAGCUGUGAAGCUGAAGGAGAAGAAGCUGGCUACUGAAGUAGUUGCUUUUUCGCUGGGAGGACCAAAAUCUGCUGAAGUGCUCAGAACAGCUCUUGCUAAAGGAGCUGACAAAGCUAUUCAUGUUCAAGUCUCUGACGACGAAGCCGGAAAAUUGGAGUCGUUCCACGUCGCAAAGACCCUCCAGAAGAUUGUCGAACAAGAGAAGUUUGACGCAGUCUUCCUUGGAAAGCAGGCUAUUGAUGACGAUUCUUCCCAAACCGCUCCAAUCCUUGCUGGUCUCCUCGAUUGGCCACAAGCACUCUAUGCUUCGAAAGUUGAAGAAGGAGGUUCUGGACACAUGAAAGUGACCAGAGAAAUUGAUGUAGGACUUGAUACCAUUAAGGUAAAAGUUCCAUUCGUCUUGUCGGCAGAUCUCCGUCUCAACGAGCCACGUUACGCAACUCUCCCAAACAUCAUGAAAGCUAAGAAGAAGCCACUUAAGAAUAUCCCAAUCAAGGAUCUUGGUGUUGACAUCACCCCACAAACUGAGACAGUCGAAGUUACAGAGCCACCAGUUCGCAAGGCCGGAGGAUUCGUCGAAGAUGUUUCCGCUCUUGUCGCCAAGCUGAAGGAGAAGGGAUUCGUCAAGGCUUAA